CCGUAGGCUGAGCCGUUCAUUCCACGCCUGGAGUCGCCGAGGCUGCUGCUUUUCUUUGGCCGCCGCUCGGUGUUUCCGGGCUCCUCCUCUUUCUCCUCCUCCUUCGAGUCCCAGUUGGGCCGACCCGUUGUGUUCGCGGUUCGAAAAACUUGCUACCUUGUCUGGAGUCUCAUGGUGACUCUGCAACUUGAUGGAUGACAAUAAAUCUUUUCAACCAAAAAGAUUUUAAAGAGAGAGGAAGGAAGAGAGAGAGACAUCGAUGUGAGAAAGAAACAUCAGUCGACUGCCUCCGGUAUGUGCCCCAACUAGUGAUCAAAACUGAAACCUAGAUAAUUCAAAAAUGGCAGAACUCUUUAUGGAAUGUGAAGAAGAAGAACUGGAACCAUGGCAGAGGAAAAUAGAAGAAAAUCAGGAUGAGGAUGAUGAUGAGCUAAUCUUUGUUGGAGAGAUAUCAAGUUCAAAACCAGCCAUUUCAAAUAUUUUGAACAGAGGUAACUCCAGCUCAUCUUCAAAGGGAAUAAAGAAUGAACUACUCAGUCCAGGUGUUACUGAUGCAUUCAAGCCUACAAGUCAACAUUAUGGAGACCCAUCAUCAAGUCCAGUGGCUGCCUUACCUAGAUUUAAUCCUGGAUCUAAAUCUUCACCUAGCUCUGUUAUUCAGAAUGUGUCUAAAUCGGAUUUUACAAAGAAUUCAUCACAAGUCGAAUCGGAUGAUUCUUCGGAUUUACUAUUUGACCUGACCCAGGACACAGUGCCACUGUCUCAAGACAGAUCAGCAAUUUAUAUAGAAGCUCUGGAUGAAACUUUUCCUAUAAAAAAACAUUCUCUUAUAGCAAGCAGACUUAACCCAAAAAAGCCAAAGACCAAUGAAGAUGUUUCUGAAAUAGAUUCUUGUGCUUCAUUAUCUUUAGACAGCUCUCCUUCAGUGACAUCCUCCCCAGUUAUGACUUCAAAAGAUACCUCAUCAAUUGAACAUAAAACUGGAAUGCCUUUUCAAAGACCUUGCCCAAAGUGCAAUGUUCAGUUCAAUCUUUUGGAUGCUUUGAAAUAUCACAUGAAGUGUUGUUGUCCAGACAUGCUAAAUAAAUUUUUGGAGAUGAUCAAAGUAGAAAUUUCAAGUACUGAAAGUAAAGAUAAGACUGGUACAGAGAAGGAAAAGUUGAUCAUGUUAGUUAGUGACUUUUACUAUGGAAAACAUGAAGGAGAUGUUGACAAUGAACAGAAAACUUACACAACCUUUAAAUGCUUCAGUUGCUUGAAAGUUCUUAAAAAUAAUAUCAGGUUUAUGAACCACAUGAAACACCAUUUAGAACUUGAGAAGCAGAACAGUGAGAGCUGGGAAAGCCACACCACCUGCCAGCACUGUUACCGUCAGUAUCCCACACCAUUCCAGCUGCAGUGUCACAUUGAGAGUACACACACACCUCAUGAGUUUUCUACUAUUUGUAAAAUCUGUGAAUUAUCAUUUGAAACAGAACAUACUCUUUUACAACAUAUGAAGGACACUCACAAACCCGGUGAAAUGCCAUAUAUUUGCCAGGUUUGCCAGUUUAGAUCAUCAACAUUUUCCGAUGUGGAAACUCAUUUUAGAGCAUCCCAUGAAAACACGAAGAACUUGCUAUGUCCAUUUUGCCUCAAAGUUAGUAGAAUGGCAACCCCCUACAUGAAUCAUUACAUGAAACAUCAGAAAAAAGGAGUUCAUCGCUGUACUAAAUGCAGACUACAAUUUUUGACCUGCAAGGAGAAAAUGGAUCACAAGACACAGCAUCGGACAUUUAUAAAACCUAAAGAGCUAGAAGGUUUGCCUCCUGGUUCAAAAGUUACUAUUCGAGCGUCAUUUGGACACCUUCAUUCAAAACCAUCAACUACAUCUUCCAGUGAUACUCCAAGCACUUCUUCUCUUCAGGUGUCACCUCCAAAGUCGAAAAAUACAACUGCUAAAAAUUCCACAAAAUCUAAUGCAAGUAAGGCUAAGAUGUAUAAGGCUCGUGCAACUACGUCCACUGCAAGUAAAACAUCCAAUGCAAGUAAGCAAGGUAGACGUGCAUCUAAAUGCAAAGCAAAAACCUCUUACAAGCAAAAGAAACAACGCAACAGAAAGAACAAAAUCAGCAUAGCUUUGAAGAAUUUAAGGUGUUGCCGAGGAGUUCACAAGUGCAUUGAGUGUCAUUCCAAAAUAAAAGAUUUUGCAAGUCACUUUUCAAUAUAUAUCCACUGUAAUUUUUGCAAAUACAACACUAACUGUAACAAAGCCUUUGUAAAUCAUAUGGCGAGCUCUCAUGGCAGCCAUCCAAGUAAACAGUUUUCUAUUUUUAAGAAGCAUUGUAGAACUCUCAGGGGCAUUACUCUUGUGUGCCUUAAAUGUGAUUUCCUAGCUGAUUCUUCUAGUUUAGAUCGUAUGGCUAAACACUUAAGUCAACGUAAAAAUCAUACUUGCCAAGUUGUAACAGAGAAUGUUCCCAAAAGUACCUCAACUUCUGAAGUCACUUCUGACUGCUUGUUGAAAUAGAUUCCUGCUCUAUGGAGCUCGUGCAACCUGGUGCAAGACAAGUUGGAAUUUCCUAAGUUCAAAGUUCUGAAGUGUUUUUUUACACAGAGCCAGUUUCCUAAGUUCAAAGUUCUGAAGUGUUUGCUCACACAAAAACGGUUAAACAGCCAAGUUCAUGACACUAGUUCUCAUUAUUCAGCUCUUUCCAGCUUUCAGAUGGCACUAGAUUCUUAUUCCACCUUAUCUUUGUGUCAGGUUAACAUAUCUUAACAUACGCUUUUUUCCUCUAGUUGGCUCUCUCCAAAAAUAACUUUUGUUUGUUAUCAUCUUUCUCGCUUUGCUUAAAAUAAUUUGUGUAUUUCUCUGCUGUAUUUGCCUUCAGAAUAUUGCAUUUCAAAUGUUAUGGCUGUUCACCUUUUUUUUGUUGUUGUUAGUUAAGUUCAUACAAAUCUUACAGUUUUAGGUCAGGUAGCUGUCUUUCUUCUCGUUCUUUGUCUGUCAUUAUUCUGUUUUUCAUAUUUUUCAGAUGGAGAAGCAACACAGAAAUUUCAAAAAUGUCCAGGGUACUCCUGGUCAGUGUCCCCCUUCAUUGGACACAACUGAUGCCUGUUCUCUCUUUCCAAGAAAUAUGAGUUGUUUAACUGUGAGACCUCUUCUAGUUUGUGGCCCUAGCUUGAGAAGAGUCCCUUCCUUCAUGGUGGAUCAUGCUGAUUUGGCCAGAGAUGACCACCAAAUUGGACACAACUUCCCACUAGGGCCUUUGGUUUUAUACCUUAAGCUUAUAGGUCAGUUCUGACCAAGAAAAGCCCAUCAGAUCAAUGCUUUAACACCCAAGUUGAAGUUUAAUCAUUUAGGCUGCUGUCCUUUAGUCUUCUUCGGUCAUGUGUGCAGUUUAAUGACUAUAAAAUUUGCCAGUGUAGAUUGUAAAUUCAUGCUCUUGGAAAGCAACUUUCUAAGAUUACAGUUCCCAGCCCUGGCUUGUGUGGCUCAGUGGAUUGAGUACCAGCCUAUGAACCAAAAAGUCACCAGUUUGACUCCCAGUCAGGGCACAUGCCUGGGUUGUGAGCCAGGUCCCCAGUGUAGGGCAUGCCAAGAGACAACCACACAUUGAUGUUUCUCUUCCUCUCUUUCUCCUUCCCUUCCCCUCUCUCUAAAAAUAAAUAACUUAAAAAUAAAUUACAACUCCCAAUUUACAGUUAUUAUUAUGGUCAUUUUAAGCUUUAUCCAGUAUUAACCCUAGGGGUUUUUGGCAAUACUAAUAUUUUUAAAAAUUUUUUAAAGAUUUUAUGUAUAUUUUAAGAGAGAGGGGAGGGAGGGGUAAAGAGAAGGAGAGAAACAUGGAUGUGUGAGAAAAACAUUGACUGGUGCCACUUUCACACCCCCAACUAGGGACCUGGCCUGCAACCCAGGCAUGUGCUCUCACUGGGAAUUGAACCAGCGAUCUUUUGGUUCAUACGCUAAAGCUCAAUCCACUGAGUCACAUCAGCCAGGGCUUUAAUUGUUUUUAAUUUAACUUAAUUUUAUCUUGGUUUUAUGUUGUUCUUCAACAAAUUUAUUGAGGUCUGUUCUGUUCUGUCCACAUUUAUUUCUUUUCUUUAAACCUUUUGUGUUUGUUUUGUUAAGAACUCCAAGAAAUUCCGUAGACUUCUCUACAGAUUUCACUUAGCUACCUAUUGGUAUCUUCAUAAUUUGGUUAUUUUUCACACCAUUAGACGUUAUUAUACCCUUUAUCCAUCUUAGAACUAUUAUUAACAUUAUUUUAGUGAUUGUGAGUUCAAAGAUAUAAAGAAUUGACAAAAAACCCUUUCUGUAGACCUUAAAACAAAUUUUAAAGUUACAUUUCUGUACAUGUAAUGCAUAAUAUCUUCUUAGCCAUUAAUGUAAUUCCUUUGGAUAAAGAUAAUAUAUUCAAAACUAUUGGGACCAAAAAUGCACUUGUUUCUUGCAUAUGUGUGUGUGUGUGUAUGUAUAUACACACACAUAUAUACAUAGAUGUAUAUAUUUUUUAAUUUGGUGUGUAUUUUGGUUACAUUGACUAUAGAUUUGG